CCGCGCGCGGCCUGCUGGGCGAGGCGGAAGCGGAAGCACGGGUCUCCCCUGGGAGCGAUGGCAGCCGGGGGUCUGAGCCGCUCGGAGCGCAAGGCGGCGGAGCGGGUCCGGAGGCUGCGGGAAGAGCAGCAGCGGGAGCGCCUCCGCCAGGUGUCGCGCAUCCUGAGGAAGGCGGCGGCGGAGCGCAGCGCCGAGGAGGGCCGGCUGCUGGCCGAGAGCGAGGACCUGGUGACGGAGCUGCAGGGCCGGAGCCGGCGGCGCGAGGGCCUGAAGCGGCGGCUGCAGGAGGUGUGCGACGACCCGGAGGAGCUGCGCAGGAAAGUCCGGGAGCUGGCCGGCGCCGUCCGCAACGCCAAAUAUCUGGUCGUCUACACUGGCGCGGGGAUCAGCACGGCAGCCUCUAUUCCAGAUUACCGGGGCCCUAAUGGAGUCUGGACGCUGCUUCAGAAAGGGAGGAGUGUCAGUGCUGCCGACCUGAGUGAGGCCGAGCCAACCCUCACACACAUGAGCAUUGCCCGUUUGCACGAGCAGAAACUGGUGCAGCACGUGGUGUCCCAGAACUGUGACGGGCUCCACCUGAGGAGUGGGCUGCCGCGCACGGCCAUCUCGGAGCUCCACGGGAACAUGUACAUUGAAGUCUGCACCUCCUGCAUCCCCAACAGGGAGUACGUGCGGGUAUUUGAUGUGACGGAGCGCACUGCCCUCCACAGACACCAGACAGGCCGGGCCUGCCACAAGUGCGGGACCCAGCUGCGGGACACCAUUGUGCACUUUGGGGAGAGGGGGACGUUGGGGCAGCCCCUGAACUGGGAGGCGGCAACCGAAGCUGCCAGCAAAGCAGACACGAUCCUGUGUUUAGGGUCCAGCUUGAAGGUUCUAAAGAAAUAUCCACGCCUCUGGUGCAUGACCAAGCCCCCUAGCCGGCGGCCCAAACUCUACAUUGUGAACUUGCAGUGGACCCCAAAGGAUGACUGGGCUGCCCUGAAGCUUCACGGGAAGUGUGAUGAUGUCAUGCGGCUCCUCAUGGACGAGCUGGGCCUGGAGAUCCCCCUCUACAGCAGGUGGCAGGAUCCCAUCUUCUCCCUGGCAACUCCCCUGCGCGCUGGCGAAGAAGGCAGCCACAGUCGGAAGUCGCUGUGCAGAAGCAGAGAGGAAGCCGCGCCCGGGGACUGUGGUCCCCCACUUAGCUCAGCCCCCAUCCUAGGGGGCUGGUUUGGCAGGGGCUGCACCAAACGCACAAAAAGGAAGAAGGUGACGUAACCUGGUGCUUGAUGAAGAACAGUUGGCACUUUGCAGAUGGACAGAACUCUUAUUCAGGAGCCAGUGUCACGGUGAAGGCUGGGUUGUCCCUACGGGGUCCAGCAAGACGACCUCUUGUGGUGACAUAUUCACCGUGACAUGUGUAACCAUCUGUCCUUGAGGGGAGCCCCCUUGCACUGCUGUGGCUGUCCCUGAUACAGCCUCAUCCAGGACACCUGCUCCUCGGCCUCUAUGUAAGAGGUGGCAGUGACGCCAUUCAGCGGAGCUCGGGUUAUUUCAGACCUGGCUGGCAGAGAGGAAGUCACGACUGCCUUACCUCACUGGCCAGGCUAGUCUCAGGGCCUCAUCCUAUUUCUACUACUUCUUA